AAUCGGGUGCUGUAUCUCUAGCUCUCAAGUUGCUUCGCCAAAACCAACUCCGACCAGAGAACAAUCCACGAUCCGUGCAAUACGGCUGUCGACGACCAAACAUGUCGCAUAUGACGAUCUCGGGAGACAGCUGACCACCGCCCUGACCGCAUCCCCUCCGAACCGGCCGCAAUGGCCUUCUACCCAUCCAACGGCUCCACGGCGGCCGACAGCUCCGUCUUCCCGUCGGGCGGCUUCGAGGGCGCCGUCGACGGCAUGGCUGGCCUGCAGCUGGACGACGACGCCGCAGCCGGCCUGUCGAUAUUCGACGUGUCGCCUGUGCGCCUCGAGUUCUCGGUCGCCGCCGACUUCGUGGCCGCCCAGGUCGCCAACAACGUCCUGGUCCUGGCCCUGUCCAACGGCCGCAUCCUGCGCAUCGACCUCGACCGCCCCCAGGACAUCGACGACGUCGACCUGCCCCGCAAGCCGUCCGAGGCCGGCGUCGUCCGCCGCAUGUUCCUCGACCCCACCGCCUCCCACCUCAUCAUCUGCACCUCCCAGGGCGAGAACUACUACCUCCACGCCCAGUCGCGCCAGCCGAGGCCCCUGUCCCGCCUGCGCGGCGUCGUCAUCGAGAGCAUCGCCUGGAAUCCCGCCCUCCCCACCGCCUCGACCCGCGAGAUCCUCGUCGGCGCCUCGGACGGCAACAUCUACGAGACCUUUAUCGAGACCUCCAACGAGUUCUACAAGAAGGAGGAGAAGUACCUCAAGAAUGUCCACAAGCUGCCUGAUGGGGGCCCCGUCACCGGCCUCUGGGCCGAGGCCCUGCCCGGCCGCGGACCGGCCGCGGACCAGAAGGUCGUCAUGAUAGCCAGCCACUCCCGCCUGUACCAUCUGGUCGGCAAGGCCGGUCGCACCGGCCAGCAUCACCACGAUGGCUCUGCCUACACUCGCCUGUUCGAUGCCGAGGAGCCCACAGUUCACGAGCUGACCAGGCCCACCUCGUCCUCGAGCGCUCGCUCGGCUCCCCUGGCUGCCCCCUCGAGCCUCGUUGUGUCCCCCGACCCCCAAGAUUCGCAGGACUCGGGCCGACCACUGCAGGGCGCCGCUCCCGAGCGCGUCUUUGCCUGGCUCUCCUCUCAGGGCGUCUUUCACGGCCCCUUGCUCACGGGGCCGGCAGGACCGGGGCUUGGUGCCAAGGUGUUCGCCGAGGCGAAGCUCCUGCCGAGAUCGCAGCUCGCGGCAACGACGGAUUCCUCGGGUCGGAGGAGGGCAGCGGGCGGCUCCGAGCCCGUCGAGAUGGUGGCGCUGACGCAGUGGCACGUCCUCUGCCUCGUUGGCCAGCGCAUAGUCGCUGCCAACCGGCUGACGGGCGACAUCGUGCUCGACCAAAAGAUCCUGGAGCCGGGCCAGCGGGCGGCGAACCUGUGUGUGGAUCUGCAAAAGAACACGUUCUGGCUCUUUACGGCCCAAGAGAUCUUCGAGAUCGUAGUGCGGGACGAGGAUCGCGACAUCUGGCGCAUCAUGCUGCGGUCGCAGCAGUUUGACGCCGCUAUGCGGUACGCGCGCACCCCGGCACAGCGCGACGCCGUCGCCACCGCGUCGGGCGACUACCUCGUAGGCAAGGGGCUCUUUGCCGAGGCUGCUGGCGUCUAUGGCCGGAGCAGCAAGCCUUUCGAGGAGGUUGCGCUCACCUUGAUCGAUGCUGGGGAGGCAGAUGCCCUGCGCAAGUACCUGCUGGUCAAGCUUGCGUCUUACAAGAAGUCGGCGGUCAUGCAGAGGAUCAUGAUCGCCACGUGGCUGAUCGAGGUCUUCAUGGCCAAGCUGAACUCGCUUGAUGACACCAUCGUCACCAAGGCAGAGCUUGGGGCCACAGACGCCAGUCCAGCCGAGACCAGGGAGCGGCUGGAUACGGUGAGGGGGGAGUAUCAGGACUUUGUGACCAAGUACAAGUCGGACCUCGACCGCAAGACGGUGUAUGCCAUCGUCAGCAGUCAUGGGCGCGAGGAGGAGCUGCUGUUCUUCGCCAACGCCGUAAACGACUACAACUACGUGCUCUCGUACUGGGUCCAGCGUGAGAAGUGGGCCGAGGCGCUUGGGGUGCUCAAGAGGCAGACUGAAGCCGAGGUGUUUUACCGGUACAGCAGCGUGUUGAUGGCACACGUGGCUACGGAUCUGGUCGAGAUCCUCAUGCGGCAGUCGACGCUCAACCCCCGGAGCCUCAUCCCCGCGCUGCUCGAGUACGAUCGCAACUACAAGGGGCCGGCGGCGCAGAACCAGGCGAUCCGCUACCUGCAGUACGUGGUCAACCAGCUCAACUCGACCGACGCGGCGGUGCACAACACGCUCGUGUCCAUGUACGCGGCGUCCGGGUCGGGCUCUUCGGGCCCGCGCGACGAGGUGGCGCUGCUGUCGUACCUCGAGGCGCAGGGCGACGAGCCGCGGUACGAUCCGGACUUUGCGUUACGGCUGUGCAUCCAGCACCGGCGCGUGCUCUCGUGCGUGCACAUCUACACCAGCCUGGGCCAGUACUUGCAGGCGGUGGACCUGGCGCUGUCGCACGACGAGCUCGAGCUGGCGGCUGUGGUGGCGGACCGGCCCAUGUCGAACCCGGCGCUGCGCAAGCGGCUGUGGCUGGCGGUGGCGCGGCGCGUCAUCUCGCGCUCCGACGGCGGCGGGAUCCGGUCGGCCAUCGAUUUCCUGCGGCGCUGCGACCUGCUCCGGAUCGAGGACCUGAUCCCCUUCUUCCCCGACUUUGUCGUCAUCGACGACUUCCGCGAGGAGAUCUGCGCGGCGCUCGAGGACUACGGGCGUAGCAUCGACUCGCUCAAGCGCGAGAUGGAGGAGUCGUCGCAGACGGCGGCCAACAUCCGCGUCGACAUCGCCGCGCUCGACCGGCGCUACGCCAUCGUGGAGCCGGGCGAGAAGUGCUACUCGUGCGGCCUGCCGCUGCUGAGCCGCCAGUUCUUCGUCUUCCCCUGCCAGCACGCCUUCCACUCCGACUGCCUGGGCCGCCGGGUCAUGGAGCAGGCCGGCGUGGCCCGGUCGCGCCGCAUCAAGGAGCUACAGGUGCAGAUCUCCAAGGGGCUCGUGGCGGGCGCCAAGAAGGAGGAGAUGAUUGCCGAGCUGGACGCCCUGGUGGCUGCGUCAUGUAUUCUCUGCAGUGAUUACGCGAUCAAGAUGAUCGACGAGCCGUUUGUGAGGGAAGACGAGAACAAGGCCGAAUGGGCGUUGUAGUAGCGAUAGGGUGUUGGUGAAGAAGGGGGAUUGAGGGAGAGCAGGAGUUCGCCAUUGCGACUAUACCCCGGAUGUAAUGCAUGUGUGUAUGGCUAUACUAGCUGCUGGGUUGUGGGAUUGAGCGGAGGGAAGGAGAGGAUGUAUAUACACUUUGGACGCCGCAGGGGGGGUUAGUCGCUUCGGUGCAUGGCACUGGUGCAUAGCAGCUGAUUUUUAUGGAUUUCUUGGAUGGGCAUGACUAGAUGCCUAUGGCGAUUUGGUUGUUCUUGAUAACGAAAGAGUGCCUCUGCUUGAUUCCGCUCCCCACCGCAUCAAGUCCUAGUUGAACUGUAUAAGCUCCUAACCCGAGCCGAAAUAGCAGAUACGAAGACUCUCGGUC